GGGACUUCGGUGCGGGCCCCUGGGAGCGCAGGGGGGCAGCACUGUGUCGAGGUGGGCCGUUCCCGGUCACCUGCCCGCGGGGGCGGAGCGCGGCGCCCAGGCGCACCCGCCUCCCGCCUCUUGCUCCCGCCCCGGGAGGAAGCGGAGGGGCGCGGUGUAAACAGAGCGGCGGCCGUGAUGUCAGCCGGUCACAUGGAGCCUCUUAUGGCUCGGGAUGGCUCUCGGCGGGCGGGCAGCUGCGGCAGCUGCUGCUGUGGCUCGGGCGGCGGCGGCAAGAGGGGGCUCCGGGGUCGGACGGUCGGCUCUCCCUGCGCUCUCCGCACCGCGGCGUAAAGGAUGUAUUUUGUGAUCGCAGCGAUGAAAGCUCAAAUUGAAAUUAUUCCAUGCAAGAUCUGUGGAGACAAAUCGUCAGGAAUCCAUUAUGGUGUCAUUACGUGUGAAGGCUGCAAGGGCUUUUUCAGGAGAAGUCAGCAGAGCAAUGCCACCUACUCCUGUCCUCGUCAGAAGAACUGUUUGAUUGAUCGGACCAGCAGAAACCGCUGCCAGCAUUGUCGGCUGCAGAAAUGCCUGGCCGUGGGGAUGUCUCGAGAUGCUGUCAAGUUUGGUCGGAUGUCCAAGAAGCAGAGAGACAGCUUGUACGCUGAGGUGCAGAAGCACCGGAUGCAGCAGCAGCAGCGAGACCACCAGCAGCAGCCUGGGGAGGCGGAGCCGCUGACGCCCACCUACAACAUCUCAGCCAAUGGGCUGACGGAACUGCAUGAUGACCUCAGCACCUAUAUGGAUGGGCACACCCCCGAGGGCAGCAAGGCCGACUCAGCGGUCAGCAGCUUCUACCUGGACAUCCAGCCCUCCCCAGACCAGUCGGGAUUGGACAUCAAUGGGAUCAAACCCGAACCCAUAUGUGACUACACACCAGCAUCUGGCUUUUUCCCCUACUGCUCCUUCACCAACGGAGAGACUUCCCCAACCGUGUCCAUGGCAGAACUAGAACACCUUGCCCAGAACAUAUCCAAAUCCCACCUGGAAACCUGCCAGUACUUGCGGGAAGAGCUCCAGCAGAUAACGUGGCAGACCUUCCUGCAGGAGGAGAUUGAAAACUACCAGAACAAGCAGAGAGAGGUGAUGUGGCAGCUGUGUGCCAUCAAGAUUACAGAAGCUAUCCAGUACGUGGUGGAGUUUGCCAAACGCAUUGAUGGAUUUAUGGAGCUGUGUCAAAAUGAUCAAAUUGUGCUUCUAAAAGCAGGCUCGCUAGAGGUGGUGUUUAUCAGGAUGUGCCGUGCCUUUGACUCCCAGAACAACACCGUGUACUUUGAUGGGAAGUAUGCUAGCCCCGAUGUCUUCAAAUCCCUAGGUUGUGAAGACUUCAUCAGCUUUGUGUUUGAAUUUGGGAAGAGUUUGUGUUCUAUGCACCUGACCGAAGACGAAAUCGCGUUAUUUUCUGCAUUCGUACUGAUGUCAGCGGAUCGCUCGUGGCUUCAGGAAAAGGUAAAAAUAGAAAAGCUGCAACAGAAAAUUCAGCUAGCCCUUCAGCACGUCCUACAGAAGAACCACCGAGAAGAUGGAAUUCUAACAAAGCUAAUAUGCAAGGUGUCUACGUUAAGAGCCCUAUGUGGACGACAUACGGAAAAGCUAAUGGCAUUUAAAGCAAUAUACCCAGACAUUGUGCGACUCCAUUUUCCUCCAUUAUACAAGGAAUUGUUCACUUCAGAAUUUGAGCCAGCCAUGCAAAUCGAUGGGUAAAUGUCGCACCCGAGCACUUCUAGAACAUCUGGAGUACAAACAUGAAAGUAAGAGAGAAAAUUUUUAAAAAGGAAAUGAAACAAUAACAACGAAGACAAAUUUAACUGAGACACUUUCUAUGGCCCUGCACAGCCCUGGAGCGCCAACAACACUGCACAGACAUCUUGUGGUGAUCGGGGUUCAGGCACAAAGGGGAAACAAUCCAAUCCAAUCACAGCUGAACUUGUUUUGCUCAUGCAUAUGAUUUCCACUAUGCCUACAGAUAUGGACCCUUUUUCUGUCUCAACUUCUAGAGCGGUUGACCUCGGCAUAUGACAGGAGGGUACUACAGUCGGAGGAGUCCCCUUCUCGUAGCUCACUGCCCACAGACUCUUACGGGUAACAGCAGAGUCCAGCGUUAAUCGGUGACCCCGGUGUGUAUGGCGGGAGUUGCAGCGUUACUUUGCACAGCUUGCUUUUCUGUGUCAUGAAGGAAGAUUUUGGUUUCUCUCACCGAUUAUUGCCGGUCAGCAGGAUGGCGUGAAAAGGGGAUCCAUAGCGCUCGCAACAAUAGCAUUAUAAUAUAUUACACAGGGUAAAUGGGCAUGAAGACUAUAUAUAGCUAAAGAGAUAUUGUUUAUAUAUUGUUUUAAUUAAUAUAAAAUGUAGUGACUGGCGUAGCUUUUCCUGUUGAAUUGAUAAGGCACUUUCCGUUUUUGCACCUUUUUGUUUCCUUUAAAUUAAAUGCUAGCGUGUUCACUGUCGCCGUGUCGCAUGUACACCAGAAACACAAGUUUAGCUGAGAAGGCUUGGAAGGUACGUCGGGAGGUAUUUAUGCUGCUGUUUACAAAAACAAAAAAAGAAAAAAAAGAAAAAACAAACAAAAAAAAAACCCAAUUACUUUUAAAAGACUGGCUGGUCAUAUCCAGAAAUCAACAUGUUGAAUUUUUUUUCCCACCUGUAAAUUUGGAAUUAGUAAUGAACUGCUCCUUAAAUCAUACUUUGUUUUGCAUGCAAUUGAGAAUGGGUGUGUUUAUGCUUCAUCCAGAAUUGAAGGAGUGUCUGGUGCUGUGGGCUUAAACCAUGUGUGCAUUUUUUUUUUUAAGUUUUUAAAAUGCUACCUUUGGGAGGCGGAGGAGGAGAGGCUCAUUAAACACAAGUCAGUAGUCACAGAGACAUAGUAUCAUCUCGCGAUUCUGAUGCUUUCAGAACAAAUUAGCAGCUGGGAUAGUUACUGGAUUCUAGCUCUUAUUUAGAAGGACUCAAAGAUUCUAUGUGGAGCAAACAUACUCCCCACAGGAAGCAUUUAUUGACGGUCUUGUGUUCUUGGCAUCGGGAGCCCGAAGAAGUCACCUCAGAGUAAACUGACCCUAGACUAGCUGUCCCAGAUUCUAGACUGCUGUUCUGUGUAUGAGGUAGAUGGUGGAUGAAGAGGGAGGGAGACAGUGUUGAAUUUGGUUCCUGUGUUUAAGAUAUGCCUUCAGAGUGAAGGUGGCGCCAGCUGCAGACAUUUGUGUGUGUAUCCUCACUAGAAAACUGUGGACUGUGAUUUAUUUUAUUAAAUAUAUAGAAGAUAGUUUGGCUUUUGUGUUCAGGUAAGAAGUAUUGAGGUUUUGAUUCAUUUUUUGCAUUUUUUAAAAAAAUAAUCCCCAGUGGAAGGAGAAAGGAGCUUUGUGUUCAUAGGUGUGCAUAUUUUAAGAUCGUGCGUCCUGGGCUUAGAGAGAUGAUGCUUCAGUGGGCAAGAGUGUGGAUUGCUCUAUCAGAGGACCAAAGCCUGGAACCCAGCCAGCAAAGCAGGCAAUUUACAAAAGCUUGUCACUCCAGCCCCAAGAUAUCAGUGUCCCUUUCUGGCCUCUGUGGGCACACACACACACACACACACACACACACACACACAGAGUGAGACACAAACAAAAACAAAUCCUUAAAAAUAAGUUCUCUUUUUUUAGGAGGCAUUUAGGAGAUGACUUUGGUCACAAGAUACUGGUCUGGCAUCAAAGACUAUAUCUAUAGACAAAAAGGGAACAUCUUCUAUGGUGUAAGGGGCACGUUUAUGAAGCCCUAUCUACCCAACUGCCUCCUCUGCCAACAGGGUCCUUCUGGACUCUUUUGCCAGCAUUUCUGCUCCUGCUGAUGUCUAUCUGAUAGGUUCCCAGGGCCAGCUUCCCAGAGCACAUCACAGUUUUUAACUUUACUGACUUUCUGCCUUAUUUACUGAGGGACUUGGAAAGUAGGAAGGAAUUAUUUGUAUAGAAAUGUGUGGGGGAAGCCUAAAUAACAUCUAAUUUUUUUUUCAAAAACAUAGAAAGGGUUUAACCAUAAACAGGGGAGUGAUAUUUAAAUUUCUUAUAAGCAUAGAAAAUUUUAUGUGUUUAUAUGGAGAGGUUAGUGGUCAGCAUAUAGUAUUUAUAUUUGGGCAAGAAGGGGUAAAUCAAAAUUUUAUUUAAACAUAGUUCCUUUAAAGAUGAAUAGUAUUUAUAUUCUAAAGAGAGUACAGUUUUGUAAUUUAUUUGCCCUUUUUUCUUCUGUUGUUUCUCCUAUGUGAGGGAAUGGUGUGAGGUUUUGGUUUGGUUUCUGCUUUUCCUUUGUUUAGUUCUUCAGAUUCACUAAAUUUGGGGAUAGAUUUAGUAAAUAUAUUAGCUUCAUUUUAACCAAAGCUUUCUGCAUAUGACCAGCCUCAGGUGCUAGCGCACUAAAGAGCAACUAAACCCAAUUCCAGUGUCCACGUGUGACUAAGGAGAGCUGGCUGAGCGUCUCUAAGGGUGAGAGAGAGAGAGUGUGUGUGUGUGUGUGUGUGUGUGUGUGUGUGUGUGUGUGUGUGUGUGUGUGAUACUGAACUGCAGAGAAAUUCAUUUUCCCAGGAAGGAUUCUGUGUGUACCUUAUGUAAACCACGGACACAAGGUACUCCGAUCUCAUACUAUGCCACGGGGACAUUGCUUUUACCACACACCAGGAGAUCGCGGUGAGACUUCCAGGUAUUCCUGAAAGAAAAGCAGAAAGCUGGCUUUCAGAGCAAAGUCCUCCGACAUUGUAGCGAUGGAGCUAUAAAGCCAGAUGUGCUCUGAGAAACUGAAAGGACAGCUGGCUAGGAUUUGUACCUAAGUUGAGAGUCACGGUGAGUCCAGCACAGGAUGUAAAACUUUGGCAUUUUUCUUUUCUUCCCGAUUGUGAGAACCACUUGUGUAGUGCCCCUGGGUGGUUGAUGGCACAGGCUUAAUAGUUCAUGUUGUUAAAGUUGCCUGAACUUAAAGGCUCUCCAGUCUCUGGAGACUGAAUCAUAUCAUUGUCAGCUCAGCUGCAAGAGUGCCAUCAGGUAGCUUUCUUUCUACAGAAAGUAAAUGAGGCUUUUAUACAAAGUCUGAAUGUUGUUACUGUGAUCAUGCAAACGAUUCAGGAACAUCAUGAGAAACUGGCCUUGGCCACAAAGAAAUCCAAAGUGCAGUUGAAAGCAACUUUUUGGAUAGACCACAAAAUGUGCUAAGGCUAUGAGUUUGGGUUGGUUUUUUGUUUGUUUUGUUUAAAGCACUCAGUAUUCUGUGUUAAAUCCAUGGACUUUUUUCCCCCAAAGUCUUUAACAUCCUGAUUCACCCUUCCUAACUUAAGGAAAACAUGACAUAAGACACUGCUUCUAAGUUUGGUUGUCCUUUAGCCAGUGGAUACCAGAUCUCUGUGAGUGGAUGGGAGUGGGCUGAGAGUCAGGGGAGGAAGGAGCGUGUUUGCCUGGGUGUGUGGCUUUUGUGUGUAUGAAGUGUGUAUGUGUGUUAGACCGCUUCUAGGCUACUAAGUGUCAAUGGAAAAGAAAAUGUAUUCAAAAUACAUAAAUCAAAACUAGAAGAUGGAAAAAAAAGAUUUAUUCUAUACAAAGCCUUGUCUGGACCACUCUAGAGAGACUUCUAUUUUUUUAAACCCUCUAUAAAUAUUUGAUGGCACUAGAAAUAUUCCUGCAAUAAAAUGUGAUUUGUGUAAAGAAAAAAAAAGAUUUUGUAAUGUGAAACAAAGAAAGAAAGUAAUGUAAUUUUCUAAAAAAAAAAAUACAAACAAACAAACUUUGUAUUAUUUUCUUGAUGGAAUUUGCCUAUCUGUCUUUGGAAAACUUUUUAUUUCAUUGAAUGUGCCAUAGUAGAUGUACGUGCUUUUUGUUUUAGACUAAGGGAUGGCUGUUUGUGUUCCGACAUUCCAAAAUGCAAAGCAACUUAGCAGAAGCCUUGAUGAGGAGGUUUCGGUAGGAUGCAAGCGUCUCUCCUUGUUGCUUUUUUUGCACAAGUCUUUUAAUUCUUACCUAGUGCAAUAUCUGUACAUAGAGCACUUGCGGGUGUACUUUGAUCCCUCAGGGAAAAACACAUAUUUGUACAGUUGUUGGGUUUGUUUUGGUUUUUCUGUUUGUUGUUUGAUUUAUUUUCCUUUUUCGUUUUUUGGCUAUGGAAUGUCGAUCGAAUCACUUGUUAUUGUUGAGAGGCAGCCAGAUAAUCAGCCUAAAGCCACUGUUUCAAACACCGAUUGUUUGAGUCAUGUCUUUCCAGUACUAUUAUUUUAAAAUGAUAUUAAUAAUAAUAAUAAUAAUAAAAAGCUAUUUUCUGACAGUUCUUUGUGCUGACUGGUAGAAAAAAGGGUAAAAAUAAUAAUAAUAAUAGAAAUAAGCACCUUAUGGUUGACUUACUGUGAACGACAAUCCAUCUUGGUAUCAAGGACAGAGCCCUGUCAUCUGGAGUUGGGGCUGAGAGUCAGAAACACUGUGCUCAGGGAACUUCUAAAACUCUUAAAACAGGGUGGCCAGUGGACUGGGACAAAUUGUGGUUUUACUAUUAAAAACAAUGAUGGUAACAGUAUCCCUCCAAAGGCACAAGCGAACUGUAGAGAAGUGUCUGUCUGUCUGUCUGUCUGUGUGAAUUCUUCACCAUCUCAUCUUGUUGAGUUCAAAAUUAUUGUGUUUCAAAACACAUUAACUCCUGAGGCAGUGUGAAUGGAAGAUGAAUCCGGAAGUGACAUCCCAAUCGGGAGCACAGUGCAGCCUAUCUGCACUCUCCCUAAGAAACUAAGAUGCUCCCGUGAAACACACCUUUCAACAAUUUCAGAUUCUCUGUAGUAGGAAUUUAGAUGUUUUUUAAACCAGCAGGAAAACCUAUCAGUGAAGUGGCCCCCAACAGAGUCCUUCAGAACUAGAAAACAAAGGGGUUUUUCACUGUAUUCUCCUCCAGGGGCAAACCACAAUUCCUAUUCCCCAUCCCUAGUUUUUUUGAUUUGGGGGAGGGGAAGUGUUUGUUUGUUUUCCUGGAAAAGUUGCCCUUGAAAGACUAAUUGGUCCCUGCAUGACAGACCCAUAGCUUUAGUUUAAGGGAUCCAUGCUCUGAGCUGCAGUUCAGUUCACAAGGUCCCACGCACCACUUUCCAUAAGGCCAGAGAAGCUUAGAGUAGCUAAUGGUUCUGAGUCCCCUGCCCCAUAACACACACUUGGCAGAAUUACAUAGCUUCUUAUUACAGUAGGAGAGCACAAAGUAUGAGAAGUCUGUCCAUUGGGUGACAGUUGAUACUUCACACGUAUUUGGAGUGUAGGUGACAGAAAUCUCCCUCCCCACCCCUUUUACCUCUCCAUACAUACAUACAUACAUACACAUGCACAUGUGAUAGACAUUCUUACAUACCAUCACAGAACCACUGCUUACUCAUAAAGUUGUGAUGCAGAACCCCACAACAGCAGCCUUUUACUGUGGAUCAGAUAUGUGCCCAAAAAAUGCAGUUGCAACAGUCAAAUACUGGUCAACUGUUGCUCUCUGCCAUGCUGGUCUUCAUUCUAUUCCUGAAACACUAAUGCAUGAAACGCUUCCACCAGCUUUGAUGAUAGCGACCUCCCCACUGCUGUUAAACUAAUGAGAAGGCCAGCUGUCAAUGUCUUCAAAAGCGAUCGUGUGUGUGUGUGUGUGUGUGUGUGUGUGUGUGUGUGUGCAUCUAUGCAUGCUUGUAUGUGAUCAGUUUGUCAGACUCUCAAAAUAUUUUUUUAAAACAAACAGGAAAACUGGCUUCAUAUCAGGAAGCCAUCAGGGAUGGGGACUGAGCAUGCUCGACCAUACCCUCAGAACUUAGAGCAAUAAACACUAUUCAGUCCCUUAUUUACUUGUAAAUGGGUGACAGAAUAUUUGAUCCAAAUAGAAACCACCUUUCCCAGGGUCCAGUGUGGAGAGUGGAGAUGAAUGUUUGGAAGAGAUCCAUGUUCUCUGUUUACAUCCCGUGUGUUCUGUUGCAUUAGCUGUCCUGUGCUUUUUCUUUGGUCUUCUAGAAGCUAAUGACAGACAGCUGGCUGUUAGCUUUAUGGGCUGUGCUUGUCAUUGUUCCCCCCAGAACAACAGGCUUCUCUCCAGUGUUCACGCAUGAUCCCUUUCUCAUUCAUUGUGACUUGUGUGUAGGAGUAACUACAUCUAAGAAGAUGAUAAUCACUGAACACAUUGCAUAUGUAAAUGCAGAUACUUCUUGAGCAAUAUAAUGACUAUGACUUCACAUACAUACAUACACACACACACACACCAUCUGUAUGUACUGUAUACAUCUUCCUGAAUCCCCAAUUCUCUGCUUAAUCAUAAUGGUUUGAAAUCUCAUCUACAACAGUGGUGGAUGUUUUAGACAGUAGGACAUUAGCUGGCUGCUUCUUUAAAUGUACCUGUAUUGUCUGCGUGCUCCUUUUGCGGAGACAAGUUUUUGUAUUGGAUGUUUGGGCCAAUGGGAGGCUUCAAGCUACAACAUAUUUUCCCAGUUUAAAUAUAUUGAACUUAUGACAAACCCCAGACAAGGCUUUUAAUCUGUAAAGAACUGCAGUGUUGGGUGGUUUAUUUACAAACCGUUUUCAAUGUUGUCCAUUUUUAUGGCACCUUUAACAAUAUACUUGUUUCCAAAGUACAAAAAAAAAUAGGUUAAAUAA